AAUGACAUCCCGCGCCCGCCCGCUGAUCUCGGCGACGCCGUCCUUUGCAUCGUCCCCUCGGCGCCGGCCCUGGCCCCGGGCACCGUCCGCUUCAAGGGCAAGGUCGGUUUUGCUGCCGGCCUCUGGUACGGCAUCGAGCUUGAUGAGCCUGUCGGCCGCACGGAUGGCACCGUCAACAACGAGUGGUACUUCCUCGCUCUCCCCGAUCACGGCGUCUUUCUCAAGCGCGCCCGCUUCGCCCUCACCUCUGCACCCGCCGAGGUGGCCGCCGCCACGGCCGAGUUACAGCGCCUCCGCCAUGACAGCGACGUCGGCGCUUCGCCCGCGAGCACCUGAAAACGCACACCGUUGCUGCUACUGCUCCGUGAAGCACGUCAGCCAUGCCGCUGUCAGUUGCCUCGAUAAAAGAUGACUGCCCGC